GCAGUCACUGGGUCUUGUCAGUAGAGGAGCAUCAAGCACAGACUUGCACGCUGCAGGACGGAUCUAUUACUUUGAGAACAUUAGGAGAAGGCACAGUGUGAGCAGACUGAAAGGGAACAGAGCUGAGAGCACUGAGGACUGAGAGCAGCUGCAGACCCUUCUUAAUCAGCAGAGCUCGAAAGCAACGACAAGAUGUGGAAGAUGUCAAAGGUGACCGAUCAAACUGCCGCUGGGCAGGCGGGCAUUAAGAAGAAGUCGAAGGUGCCCGGUGUGAUGAUAACGCAGUUCCAGGAGGAACUUCCGGAGGGAAUGACAACUCCAGAUUUUACUCGCAAACCCAUUGCUUUGACUAUUCAAGAGAGUAAGGUUGCAAUCUUUAAAGCCAUAAUAGUGGGCACCCCAACACCUACUGUAACAUGGAGCAGAGCCAACAAGGAAAUCGUUUUCCACCCUGACUUGUGUGUGCAAAAGUACGAUGAGACCACUCGAGAGCAUACACUCGAGUUUCCUAAGGUCUCUUCAGAGGAUGCAGACACCUACAAGUGUUUUGCAAACAACGAACAUGGAAGGGCUGUCUGCACUGUUCUCCUGAAUAUCAUUUCUGUUGGAUUCUCUAAAACCAAGGAACUCCAAAAGAAAGAAGGUGAAGAGGCAACGGAUCUCAGGAAAAAGCUUAAAAAACGUAAUGACGAUGGAACACGUGAGCACAAGCAGAUGGAGCCAGAGGAGAAGAUCUGGGAAAUUCUCAUGAGCGCAGAGAAGAAAGACUACGAGCGCAUCUGCAAUGAGUACGGUAUCACAGACUUCCGCCGCAUGUUGAAGAAACUCACUGAGAUGAAGAAGGAGAGAGAGGAGGAGAUUGCUGAGUUUGUUUCACACAUCAGUACCCUGAAACCUAUUGAAGUCCAAGAUGAUGACUGUGCAACAAUUGAGUUGGACAUGGACCUCAAGGAUCCUUGUAGCAAAAUCUUCCUGUACAAGGAUGGCGUCAUGAUCCCAUUCACCAAAGAAGACAGUGAGGCCCUGAAGCAUAGCUUGAAAAGAAUUGGCAAGAAAUAUGUAUUCACAAUUAAGAAUCUAGGCUCAGGAGACGCCGGACUCUACUCAGUGGAUGUUGGGGGUUGCAAUGUAUUCUCAACUGAAUUUAAAGUGCCUGAAGUCGACUUUGCUGUCAAAAUCAAAGAGGUCAAGGCAGAAGAGCGAGAGGACGCCAUCUUUCAAUGUGUCCUCACUGCACCUUUGAAUGAGAUCAAAUGGUACGGCAGAAGCACUCCGCUGACACAUAGUGAGAAAUUUGAAAUCACUGUAUCCGAAGAUAAGCUCAUCCACAAGUUGAUCGUGAGAGACUGUUUGCAAUUGGACGGAGGCAUCUAUGCUGCUGUGGCAGGAAUCAAAUCCUGCAAUGCCUUUCUUGUAGUCGAAGCGGACAAGGAUCCUUCAAACAAGGGCAAGAAAGGAACUCGCAAGACUACCAUGGCUGGAGGCAAUAAUGAUGAAGAUCUGAUCAAAAUAGCUAAGGAACAGCAGGAAAAAUACCAGAAGGAAAUGGAAGAAAAAAUGGAAUUGGCCAAGAUAGCCCAAGCUGAGAGAGAAGUUGCAGAUGCAGCCGUCACAGUCGAGGCUGAAGAAGCCAAAAAGGCAGCAACUGAAAGAAAAGCUGCAGCUAGGGCCGCAGCCAAGGCAAAAAAGGCAAAGGAAAUGGCUUCAAGGAGAGCUGGUGGUGCUGGGGGUGCUGGAGCCACUGGUGGGGCUGGGGGUGCAGGAGCCGCUGGUGGAGCGGGGGGUGCAGGAGCCGCUGGGGUUGCUGGAGGUGUUGGGGCUGAUGGGACUGAUGGGAGCCAAGGUACUGGUGCUGGUGCAGGUGGUGACGGUCAAGGAGGAGAUGGAACUGGAACCACAGGUGGAGCUAAAGGUAGCGGUGGUGCUAAAGGAGGAGCUGGAGGUGAGGGCGCUGGAGAAGAUUUUGAUGAUGAAGAUGACUACGAUUCACUUGAAUAUUCUGAUGAAGAAAUGGAGGAAGACGGAGAAGGAGUGGAGGGAGGAGCGGGAGGAGGAGCGGGAGGAGGAGCGGGCGGUAAAGCGGGACAUGGAGCAGGAGGUGGAGAGGGAGGAGAAGGAGGAGAGGGAGGAGGAGAAGGCGGAGCAGGAGGGAAUCAAGGUGGAAAAGGAAGACGCAAGAAACGCGUCAGAGAUGGUCCACUCAUUGCAGAUACAGAGAUAGGAGAUAGUAAUGAUGAGGAAAAAACAGAUCAACAAGGUGAAAAAUCUGGGAAAAAAGGAAAACGUCCCAGAAAGAAAAUUGUGGAUGUUGAAGCAGAAGCUGUCGUUGACCCAGGAGUUCACUUUCAUGCGGGGCUUUCCGACUGCAAAGCCAUUGUUGGAGAAGCAGCAGAGCUGGAGUGUAAAGUGAGCAGGGAAGACUGUGUGGGACUCUGGUACAAAGAUGGAGAUGAGAUUAAAUCGUCUGAGGGUAUAACCAUUACAAAAGACGGAACUUUCCACAGACUUAAAAUCCACAAAGUCACAGAGGAAUUUGCUGGGAAAUAUAAAUUUGAAGCAGACGGACGGAAGACAGAGUCUUUAAUUGUUGUUGAAGACCCGCCCAGAUUCCGUGCCGAGGAUCUGGAAGCAUUCAAAACCCCUGUAACUGUGAAAAAAGGACAUAGAGCAACCUUCAAACUACCCUAUAUCGGACGGGAACCUAUAAAGAUUCAGUGGUACCUUGAGGGUGAAGAGCUUGCAGAGGAAGGACAUAUUAAGAUUGAGCACUCGGAGGGUUGCAGUAGUCUGUUUCUAAACAAGCUGCAGCGCAAGGACAGUGGUGAAGUCAAGAUAAAACUCAAAAAUGAGUUUGGCACUGUUGAGGCCUUCAGCAAGCUUAUUGUCCUGGAUAAACCCACUCCUCCAAUGGGACCUCUGGAUAUUGCUGAAGCCUCCGCCUCUGUAAUUGACUUCAAGUGGAGGGCCCCAAAAGACAGUGGUGGCUGUAAAAUAGACAACUAUAUCCUUGAACGACAACAAAUUGGCCGCAACACUUGGAAGAAGGUGGGUCCGAUUGGUCCAGAGAGCGCAUACCGGGACAUUGAUGUAGACCACGGCAGGAAGUACUGCUAUCGCAUCAGAGUGGAGACUGAAAUGGGCACCAGUGAGCUAAUGGAAACUGAGGAUAUUCAAGCCGGAACAAAAGCAUACCCUGGUCCUCCAUCUGCACCAAAGGUUGUAUCUGCCUUCAAGGACUGCAUCAAUCUCUCUUUGGUUCCUCCAUCCAACACGGGAGGAACCAGUAUUCACGGAUACAACCUUGAGAAACGCAAAAAGGGCAGCAACCUGUGGGGCCCAGUCGUCCCAGCUGAAGGGAUUAUCAAAGGUAAGGGAUAUGGAGUUAAAGACGUGGUUGAGGGAAUUGAGUAUGAAUUCCGCGCGGCAGCCAUCAACGACUCUGGAGCGGGUGAAUUCAGUGUACCAUCUGAGUUUGUGUUUGCCAGAGAUCCUAAAAAGCCUCCUGGUAAAGCCAUAGACUUUAAAGCGACAGAUUCCACCUACACAACCCUGUCCCUGUCUUGGACCAAACCCAAGGACAUUGAGGGGGUUGAAGAUGAAGCCAAAGGAUAUUUUGUGGAGAUCCGGCCUGCAGAAUGCACAGAAUGGGAUCGCUGCAAUGCAAAUGCAUUAACCAUGACCUCCUAUACAGUGAAAGGUUUGAAGUCAAUGGCCAUGUACUGGGUGAGAGUCAUUGCUACUAAUGAUGGAGGAGAGGGAGAGCCACAGGAGCUGGUUAAUUACAUCCUCGCUAUGCCCCCUCCUGUGAGACCAAGAUUUACUGAUGCCAAAAUCAAGAGUUUCAUGGUGGUGCGAGCAGGAAAUUCUGCAAGAUUCAACAUUAACUUUGAGGCCUCUCCUUGGCCUGAGGUGACCUGGCUGAAAGAUGGAGCACCUGUUAGUAAAAAGGUGACAAUCAGCAAUGCAGAGGUAACAUCCCAGCUUCUGAUACCUUCUGCUGAGCGCUCAGAUACUGGAAUCUAUACUAUCAUUAUCAAGAACGUUGUCGGACAAGAAUCCAACAGCAUUGAAAUUAGAGUUACAGAUGAACCGAAGCCACCAGGUCCCGUGGAGACUGACGAGAACGUGCCUGGCACAGUGACCAUUUCAUGGACUGCGUCUCCUGAUGAGAAACGUGACGACAGGCUGCACUAUAUGGUGAUGAAGCGCGAUUCAAGUAAAAGAACAUGGAAUACCAUUGCAGAUCGCAUCUUCAACAAUAGAUUCACAGUCUGCAACAUCAUGCCGGGCCGAGAAUACCAGUUCAGAGUCUAUGCAAAGAACGACAUGGGCUCUUCCAAUCCCAUUGAAUCACAGAAGUGGCUGAUUUCUGCCAAAAAAGAAAAAUUUGUUGUGAACAUGCCAGAAACCAAGACAUGUGACCUACAGUGUGCACCCAAGUUCCUUGUCCCACUGAAAAUGCACAGUGCCCCUCAAGGCUAUGAAUGCUACAUGAGCUGUGCUAUAAAAGGGGAUCCUACACCUCAUGUGACAUGGCUCCGCAACAAUAUCAGUCUGAAUACCAACACUAACUACUUCAUCUCCAACACCUGCGGAGUCUGUUCUCUGCUCAUAUUGAGGGUUGGACCCAAAGACACCGGGGAGUACAAGAUCGUUGCAGAAAACUCUUUGGGGAGGGCAGAGUGCUCCACUAAACUCACCGUCAGAGAAUAAAUGAACACACAGAAGACGGUAUAAUUGCUUUAAACGCAUACAGACACCAAGAUGGUAUUUAUAAUCAGCAUACUACAUCUUUAGAUUAAGGCAAGCCUUUCACACGUAGAAUGAAUUGUAAUUUAAUAUUGCUUGUGAUUAUAUCAUAUAAUUAUUAUAUAACUAUAUCAACUAUUUGACACAUUUGUAUACAUUCUGGCACAUGAUUAAAGUUAAACUUACAAUAAGGUGUUAGGCAUAGGCAUUUUGCUAAAAUAAAAGCCAGAAACGUGUUAUGUUUGUUUUGAUUUCAAAUGUACAAUCUCAAUAAAGUGGGUGCUUGAAAAACUA